UUAAUAAAGAAGCCCAACGCAUGAAAGAAGGGGAAAAAAAUGAGUCCCAUAAGAAAAGAUAAAUAAAUAAUAAAAAAAGAAAAGAAAAUAAAAAGGUAUCGAUGGAAGCAAAAUAAGAGAGGAGCAGUGAGAAUUAGAUAGGGGUAAUGAGAUAAACUUUUGGCCAAUAAGGGCAUAUGGAGUUAAACUCCUAGUAUUUUUCUUGUUUUAAAAUUUUCAAUUAUGAUUUGUUCAUUAAUAUUCUUGUUUUUUAACAACUUGAAAAGACCAAAACAAGUUAUGUUUGCAAGUCUUCCUACUAAGAAAAGAAUUGGUUUCGGAGAUUGUGCACUUCUGUCUUUGCUUUGGAAUAGCAUCAGUACAGUAGUCUCUCGAGACUUCAAAUAAAAACGUGACUACGGCCCAAACCAAAGUCCACGAGUUUUGAUAACUGCACAUAACAUAAGACCAUGCGCAUCGGGGUAUUUAGUGAGGUUCACGGGCUCGAGUUCUAAGGCCCGGGUGAUUAAAAUGAAAUAUAAAAUGGGUUUGUUUCGAUGAAGCGGGCCUUGCGCUUGAUCCGGUAUCAAGCGGUUUUAGCCACGUGUCAGUUGUUUACUUGAUGAAAGAUUUCGCGUAGAGGGGGAGGAAAGAAGGGUUUCCCCGUGUCUCUCCUCAUUUUCUCUUCUCGGAAAAAAAACCAGGGUUUGUGUGUGAGAGGCGAUUUUACGAGCGACGCCGAGUCUCUGAGUUGUUUGUGUGUGAAUCGACGACAGACUGUCUUCUCGACGACCUGAGAUGGAUCCCGCAGCAGAGAGAAGUCAUUCAAAGAAGCAAAAGGACUACGUCAACAUGCUAUCAUACACUUGCGAUUCUGAAUAUGGCAUUCCGAGAAGGUGUGCCUGUGGUGGGAGAAUCAUAGACGAGGUUCGAGUGAAGCAGGAGUACGAUACUCAACCCGGGAAGCGGUUCUUCACCUGUGCCAACUACGAGGCUGAUGGGUUUCACUACCGUCAGCCUUGGGUGAUUGGUGUCCAGGAGCAGAUCGAAAGCUUGACUAAGCGUCUGGAGGAGGCUGAGCAGCUGUUGAAUUUGAUUCCGAGUCUCAAAAACCAGAUUGAGACACUGGAGGCACAGGCUAGCGGGCUCACUCGGCAGGUUGAUCGCCUAACUGCGGAGGUUUAUAACUUGACGGUGCAAGUAGCUGACCUGGAGAAGCUCUGCUUCGAGUAACAAGCGAAGGUCACGGGUUGGAAGGGCAGGGUGUUGCAGGUCACGGGUCUGAAGGUUGCAGGUGAGGGUCAAGGAUGUAGGACUUUAUGUCAGUUUUUAAUCACGGAUGUAAAAUAGGAUGUACUAUGUGUAGGACUUGUCUUUUGCUGUUGAUUCGCUGAUGUAAAAUAUGUUGAUUCACGGAUGUUUUAAACUCUGCCUUCUCUAUAUAAACUAUGUCUUUCAGUUUGGUUUAAAAA